CGAAUUAGAAAUUAACACCCGCACUCAUUCACAGAGAUCACCUCCAACUUUCCCAACUAAAAGACCUUCCGUCGUAUCCCCUGCAAAGACAGACUUGUCCAGACGAAGCAAAAGACACGUGUGUGAAGGAAAACACGAUCCAUUUCAUUGCGAUACCUUCUGCUUAUCAAUAAUGGCUAGAAGUUCCAAAGGCAAAGCUGCUAAGAGAGUCAAGAAGGGCAGAAUUCCACGUUAUGCACCAAAACUCGAAAAACAGUUAUUGUCAAUUGUCAAAAAAGCUGAGGAGAACAAUGCUCUCCCAAAAGUAGUCGGAAGAAUUCCAAAAGUUGAACUUCUUGAGCCGAAGGAGGAGAAGAAUGCAGAGGAGGCUGAAACCAUGGACACAAACCAGCCAGAGGUUGAGGUUAAGGUUAAGGAGGAAGUAAUGAGUGACACUGGAAGCAUCAUGGGCAAUGACAAGAAGGGGAUCUUCAAGAAACUCUACACUGUCCGGCAGAUGAGAAAGAGGAAAAUUAACAAAAACAAAGCUAAGAGGCUGAAGGUUGUUAACAAUGCCACAAAAUGUUUGGUGUAUGUGAGCAAAAAGCAGAGAAGGUGAAGUGCAUCUUCUCCAUUUGGGGUUUACACAUUCAUACUUGUUACUCAUAAUUUCAUGAUGCUAGGUGUGUCUCAUAGAUAAUCAUAUUCUUAGAAUAAAAUCAUUAAAUAUCUA